AUGGAGGCGGAUUACGAAGCUGCUUACGUUUUUAAUGCGCCCGCGUUGCCGACGCCACCGUCGUUCUGCGGUGAUACCCACGCGGAGAAGCAUCAGUUUAUGCGAGACUUCGAGAAGUAUCGUGGUCAAAUCGAAGCGCUACAGGCCGCUGGCCAGCGACCGUUUCUAAUGCCGGUGUCAACAUGUAUUGAACCUGCCGAGAAGCGCAUGAUUGCGUACUGGGAUAUGGACGGCAGGGACCACAAUACUGUGACGGAAGUCGAGUGGCAAUCACGGUUCAUGAUGGCUUACCAACAGCCACCCCCACUCGAGGUGGAUGACCUCGUGAAGAAGAUCAAGUCGAAGAUGGUGCGCGACGUGACCAUCUCUGAGGGCGACUCGCGCGUUGGCCGCAUGAACUGGAUUUUCGAUGUCGAACCGAAGCUGAUCGUCGAGUCUAUCAUUAGCCAGUUACAACCGCCUGGGUUGAAAGCCCAGGUGCAGAAGAAGAUGAAGCAUUCUCAAAACAAGCUGUUGAAGCACAAUGUUCGUCGGUUUACAUCGUGGCUUAAACAAUAUGCUGCCGGGUACCAGGAGUACCACGACGGCUUUCGUGAAACGCGAGAGCUGAAGGCGGCGAAGACAGCCGCGGCGACGCCGCAGAAGACCCAGUCAAAGAGCCAGAGCAGCGGCUCUGAUGCUGCCAAGAGCACCGCCAAGGACCAAGGUACAUUGCGCUACAAGCAAGACGUCAAGUGCCUGAAGUGUGGCUCGACCGAGCACAAGGUUCGCGAGAACCCCGGCAUCACGGAAGAAGAAGCGAAAAAGUUGAUUGCGGCCUUUUAUGGCAAGAACCGCCAGAAGAAUGUCAAGGCGCUGGUGCCGGAAGACCCCAAGCGCUCCAUUGCAUAUGGCGCAAUGUUGAACGGCGUGCUGUCGUUGCCGAGGCUGCUCCUAGAUUCGGGAGCAGAUGACUCGCUCGUCACAAGAGGCGUGGUCACUGCGCUCAAGAACCUAGGGGCCGCGGUCGACAUUGUGGGAGCAAAGCCCAUGACCAUGAAGCCGUAUGGUCCGUCGUCGGAGCCGUUGCGCGUGACGAAGCAAGCGCGCUUCAAGACGGUGCAGCUAGAAACGUCGUUUGGCCCGCUAGUCUUGCGUGGUCUCAAGCAGGAUUGUGACUUGCUCAUCGGCAAACCAGUCAUGGAGGUCCUUGGCUUUAGCCAGGACGGAAUGCUGGUCCAAGCCCUUCGGAAGAAGACAGCGUGGGAUCACGAUGAUGUCGAAGUGCCUACAACUCCCCUGGGCCGCAUCAGUCGGCUGCGAGAUGUGUCGGUGGAAGCCGGCGAAGGCACGGUCGACGAUGACCUGUGCACGACGCCCGAAGUGAAGCUAAGGUCAGUAGUCGCCGAGGUUAAGCGAAUCCUCAAUAUGAAGGUCGCUGAAGCGAGAGAGUGUGGACUCUCGGAGCACCAAUGUUCCACCCUUCACGGCAUCGUUAUGAGGCACGUCGAUGUAUUCCGGCUCGAGUUUGGACAAGACCCGCCGGUGGAUGUCGAGCCGCUAAAAGUGCGGCUGAAAGAAGGCGCAGUGCCUGUGAAUUGUGCGUUGCAACGAUACCCGCCUGCCCACAUGGACUACCUGAAGGAGCAUGUGGUGGAGCUCGAGGCGGCCGGUCUCAUCUACCGCAACAAUCGUACGACAUGGACCGCAGCGCCACGAAUCGUGCCGAAGAAGGAACCGGGCGAGUAUCGUAUGACUAUCGAUAGUCGCCCGAUCAACGCCAGCACGAUCCCAAUGCCGUCCCCGAUGCCGAAUUUGGACGCGGCCAUGGCGAUGCUUGUUGGCUCCAUUGUGUAUUUCACAUUGGACUGGCUGAAGGGGUACUGGCAGUUGCCAUUGCACCCCGACAGCCAAAUGCUGUACUCGUUUAUGACACCCUUUGGCGUCUCACGCCCACGCGUGUCCUGA